AAAGAAGAGGAAGCAAUCUCAUUACUGGCUAGGGUUUUGAUAUAAAACCCCUCCAUUCUUCCCUCUCUCUAUUUUGCUUCUACUGCUGACCGACGAUUACCCAAAAAAAACCAGUGUCUUCGGAACGAUCAGAGAAGAAGAUGGAGCAGACCUUCAUCAUGAUUAAGCCUGAUGGCGUUCAAAGAGGCCUGGUUGGGGAAAUCAUUGGCAGAUUUGAGAAGAAGGGUUUCUCCUUGAAAGGCUUGAAGCUCAUGACCGUAGAGCGGGCUUUUGCUGAGAAGCACUACGCAGACCUCUCUGCCAAGCCCUUCUUCAAUGGGCUGGUGGAGUACAUCAUUUCUGGUCCUGUGGUUGCUAUGGUCUGGGAGGGAAAGAACGUCGUCGUCACGGGUAGGAAGAUCAUAGGAGCCACGAAUCCCGCGGAUUCCGCUCCUGGAACCAUCCGUGGUGACUAUGCCAUUGACAUUGGCAGGAACGUCAUCCAUGGAAGUGAUUCAGUUGAGAGUGCACGGAAAGAGAUUGCAUUGUGGUUCCCAGAUGGUACUGUUUACUGGCAGAGCAGCCUUCACCCUUGGAUCUACGAGUAAAUUGUACUGGUUGAGUUGAUAGUAGGUACUUAUCCAGCGUUGGGCAAACUGUUUUUGAUUCUCUUAAUUAGUGGAACUUAAAUUUUGACUUCUUGUAUUGAGGAAUGAUGGAUAAAAUCGUUUUAAUUAUCCUUGUGGUCUGAUUACUUUAUAAUUAUAAUUUA